CGACAGGAUCUCUAAGCUGGCGGUCGUUCAACGGCUGCCUAAGGUAGUUGCGAUCAUCAAGUCAGCAACUGGCAGGCUGUCGCCACUCUUUUCGACCUUCGCCAAUUCCAUUUGUUUUCGUCUUUCUUACCUCGCGGUUUCCUCCAUUCAAGGAGAGACCGGAAUUUCAAAUCUUCUGGCAUACAAUCGCCAUACAUCCGUUCCGUGCUACUCUUUUUUCCCCAGGGCUUGGGAUGUUACACUAAGCGACGAUACUUCUCCCGUCGCCAUGGUGUCUUUCUGGCCAUGGAGGAGAGACGACUCCUCCCCCGCCUCGUUCGAGAAAACCCUCUCGGCUCUUUCCGCCAAGAUCACCGACUUGCAGUCCUGGCUUGAGCGGACUAGGGCGUCGUCCCGUCGCGCGCGAGUCCUUUCUAUGCUGUAUCUCUCCGUGGGGUACCUGGUUCUCGCCAUCGUACAGUUGCUGGUGGUUGGAUACCAGAAUAUGGGACCGUGGGAUUGGGCCGGGGUAGCAGGAGGCCCUGUCGUGAUAUACAUCAUUCGAACGUCCAUUACCGGAUAUUUCAAUUUCCGAAUCGAGAGCCUCUCUGCGCAGCUCAAACAACAUCACGACGAACGCGCGAAAACGAUCCAGAAGCUGAAAGAUGCCACAAAGUACAACUCGACUCUUGAGUUGCUGGAGAAGUAUGGGGGCUCAGAGGGGAAGCUGGGCAAGGGUGAAAAGAAACCAGUCUCUGGCAAUGAAGGCCAGGAAGACGGUGCCGAACAAGCAGGGCAAGGGCGUAAGCCAAAAGGAGGCGUGCCCGGCCGGACCACCAUGCCCCCUCCGCCGACCGCCAACAUCAGACGACCUGAUGGACCUACUCCGGGUCCUGGAACGCCGCAACCGGGUCACGACCCUCGUUUUGCACCUCCGUCCCCGGGUUCAUCUUGGGUUGCUAGUCUUGAGCCCUCAGCCGAGUUUGCGCCCAACGCGUACGCACAGCCGCCUCCGCCGCAACACUAUGCGCCUCAAAGCGGCCUUGGAGACAACGGUCCGCACUGGUAUGAUCGCAUCCUGGAUCUACUUCUCGGCGAGGACGAGACGGCGCCCAGGAACCGCAUCGUGCUCAUUUGCCAGAAUUGUCGGCUUGUGAACGGCCAAGCGCCACCUGGGACCAAGAGCCUGGCGGAGAUGGGGACCUGGAAAUGCAUGGGGUGCGGCGCGGCAAACGGGGAGGUGGACGAAGGCAAGCGUCUCAUCAAGGAGGUGCUCCGAGGCGCACGGGAAGCCCCGGAUGAUGGUGUUCCCGUAGAACAAAAAUUCAAGGCUGAGGAUGAGGACGUCGAGGACGACGAGGAUACUGGUGAGGCGAUGGAGCUUGGAGAGAGUCAGGGCCAGAGUACUGGGAAGCACAACAACUCGGGCGCGAGGAAACGGAGGAGCAAGAAGGGUUGAGCGAAGUGUCAUCGUAGCAACAGUCAUGCCAACUGCUUGAUCUCUACAUAACCGCCGUAGUACACUGGAGAAAAACACAACCACGCUAAGGGGGUCCGGUCACUGCGCAAACCCGGGCGGCUUCAAACUGUCCACUGUACCUAGAAACAAAUGUUCAUUCAAAGCAUCAGAUAUAGCGUAUAUGAGGUAGUUCUUCCCCCUUGACCAGUAAG